AUGCGUAAUGUUUGUUGCAGUGCUAGCGGGUGGGCGCGGGCACGGUGCCGGCGCGGCUCCAAGCGCUCUCCGACGCCGGACCAUGCGCCGGGGCCCAGUGCGUCCGCGCCGCGCCGCCCGACCGCGCGCACCAUGCUCAAUAUGAAGCUGAAGGAGCGCCUUGCGCUAGCACUGAGCGCGUUUCUCGUCCUCUUCACACUCAUGCUCAUAGUCGACAUACAGAUGGACUAUGGCAUAUCCGGCCAUAGAGUCCCCCUACAUGGUAGAGUCAAAAUAGCCGACGACUCUGAUAAAGGACGAUCAGCAUAUAUAGAGUUUCGGAAACGAUUCCUACAGAAAAGUAAUGGCAGCAACAGUUCUAGAGAAUAUGAACAGUCAGCGCCUAGUGAGACAAGUGGAGGCGACGUUGAACCUCGCACACCGUCCACACCGUCAGAUCGUUUUGAGGACUUGCAAAGAAUAUUAGUUCUCCAACUUCAAGGCAAGGCUGAUGAUAAUCCUGUUGUUAUCCCACCUCAUCGGGACUUGAAUGUCUUGAGGCCGGAAAACCCAACUAUUGGCGAAAUGGAGGACUUAGAACCUAGUGUAAAUGCAUCCAAUUUAGAAAUGUUCCAGCUGAAAAUAGCACAGCAUGAACUAUAUGAAGAUGGAGAGCCGCUGGUCGGGGCAAUACUUAAGGAUAUGUCCACUGCGCCUAUACUCCACGUUGAACAAAAAGAAGGCGGAACGCAACUGAAACUCAUCAUCGACUAUCCAAACGGUGUCCAAGCUUUAUUUAAGCCAAUGAGAUUCGCGCGGGACGUCCAAACAUUGCCCAACCACUUCUACUUCUCAGACUACGAGCGGCACAACGCUGAAAUUGCGGCUUUUCAUCUCGACCGGAUACUCGGCUUCCGUCGAGCGAUGCCAGUCGUGGGUAGAGUUCUCAAUAUGACAACUGAAAUUUAUGAUGUCACUGAAGGCGACAUAAUAAAGACGUUCUUCGUAUCCCCUGCAAAUAAUUUCUGCUUCCAUGGAAAGUGUUCGUAUUACUGUGACACUGGACAUGCUAUUUGUGGCAACCCUGACAUGUUGGAGGGCAGUUUCGCCGCUUUUCUACCGACCGCAGAUUUGGCAGAGCGUAAGGUUUGGCGACAUCCGUGGAGAAGGUCUUACCACAAACGAAGAAAAGCGCAAUGGGAAUUGCAAUCUGAUUAUUGUGAUACGGUUCGAUCGACCCCGCCGUACGACUCCGGGCGUCGUUUGUUAGAUUUAAUGGACAUGUCCAUAUUCGACUUUCUUACCGGGAACAUGGACCGACAUCACUACGAAACGUUCAAAAUGUUUGGUAACGACACAUUCACGCUACACCUGGACCAAGGCCGUGCCUUCGGUAAGGCGUUCCACGACGAGCUCAGCAUCCUCGCACCGCUGCUGCAGUGCUGUCUCGUCAGGCACACCACGCUGCUUGUGUUGCUCAAACACCACAACGGCGCUCCGCUAUCGAAGGUCUUGAGAGAAUCUAUGAAGGCGGACCCCGUAUCACCCAUCUUAUGGGAGCCGCACCUUGCUGCGCUUGACCGUCGUGUCGUCAUAGUGCUCGACGCCAUAAGAAAGUGUAUAGACAAGUCAGAAAACCCCAUACAGAAUGAAGUUAGUGACUUCGUA